ACCGAUUCCUGAAAAUAACAAAGCGAAGAACAUUGUUUACAUGUUGAACCAGAGAUUUCGCACCGGGAUCUUUGCAAUUGCAAGUUACAAAGUGGCUGCCUUAGGCAAGUGAGCCACCUUAACGUAAGGGCUGCAGCAAUGUCUGAAGCAGAUGAAGCUGUUCAGAUCUAUGAAUUGAAGGAUGCGAGACCAUCACCUGACCCCAUUCACUCAUAUACUUCAUCUCUAAAAGGAGUUCCUUUAAUAAUAGAUAAUGGAUCCUAUAACUGUCGGGUUGGUUGGGCUACAGAUAAAGAGCCUAGGAUUGUAUUUCGUAAUUGCUACGCCAAACAUAGGAAAGAUCGGGGGAAAAAGACAGCUGCAGAAACAGAGAUACUUGUGGCCAAUGAUAUAAACAAUAUUGAAGCUGUAAGAUUUCAGUUAAAAUCACCUCACGAUGAGAAUGUUAUAACUCAUUUUGAGGCUCAGGAGACGAUGUUUGACUACACAUUUUCACACCUUGGAAUUUGCACAUCACAAGUAGCACACCCUGUUAUUCUCACAGAGGCAUUCUGCAAUCCCAAUUAUUCUAGACAGUUGAUGUCCGAGUUGUUGUUCGAAUGUUAUGGGAUUCCAAGCAUCACAUACUGUGUUGAUGGCCUCCUUAGUUAUCAUAGAAACAAUCCUAAAAAACCCCAUGGGUUGUUAAUUAAUAUAGGUAAUUAUACAACUCACAUUAUCCCAGUUCUUGAGGGAUACGCUGAUGCUAUGAACAGUCGAAGGAUCAGAAUGGGAGGCCUCCACUUGACAAAGUUUUUGUGGCGGUGGCUGCAACUAAGGUUUCCACAACAUCUUAAUGCAAUAACACUCUCAAGAGCAGAGGAAAUAAUCCAUAACCAUAUGUACAUUGCUGAGGACUAUAUGGAUGAAAUUUCAAGAUGGACAGAUGUCAAUUUUUAUGAGAAAUAUGUUAAGAAAGUCCAAUUGCCAUUUGUAGCUGCUCCAAUCAGCACUGUUUCCAUUGAGCAGCAAAGGGAGAGGCGAAAGGAGGCUGCAAAAAGGCUUGUGGAAUUGAAUGCAAGAAAGAGGGAGGAAAAGCUUAUGGAGGAUGAAGCUGAACUUAAACACCUCAUGGAGCUGGAAGAGGCUUUAGAAGAAUUUACGCCUGAUGAGCCAGAGUAUCAGCAUGCUUUGGAGGAAGCAGAGGUAAACUCCCCACAAGAGCUCACUAAGAAAAUAAGUGUUCUUCAGCAGAAAAUAGAGAAGACCAGACAGAAAAUGUUGCAGGCAAGUUCUGCUGCAGCUGCUACUGAGGAAGAGGAGCCUAGACCAAAGAAGUUAUGUGAAGAUAUGAGUCCCAAGAAGAGAGCAGACUUAGAACAGUGGGUUGAGGGAGUUAAACAGCAGUGGAGGGAAAUCCAGGCCAGAAGAGCUGCUCGUAGACAGAAGAGACAGGAAAUGGCAAAACGUCGAACUGCAGCUUCACAGGAAAGAAUGCGCAUCAUAUCCCAACUAGCAAGAAGAGAGAAGAAAGAUGACAACUUUGGCAUGCGGGAUGAAGAUUGGGAUGUUUACAAAGCUAUUAAUAAGGAGGGUGGUGGUUCUGACAGUGAAGAAGAAAAUGAAAAGCUACAGGAGUUGGAAUCAGCUUUACGCCAGCAUAGCCCAGAGUUCCUUGGUGAUGCUACAACCAGUAAGCCAACUUCAAUUGCUGAAAAUUAUCAAAUUCACCUAUCAACUGAACAGAUCAGAAUUGGGGAGCUGUUGUUUCAGCCCUACAUGUAUGGACUUGAGCAAGGUGGGAUUACAGCCACAAUUCAGUAUGUAUUAGGUCUCUUUGAUGCUGAAACACAGAGUAAGUUGGUUAGCAAUGUCUUCUUAACAGGUGGACCAGCCUUUCUUCCCGGUCUCAAGUCUAGGAUAGAAAGAGAACUGUUAGCAAUGAGGCCAUUCCAGUCACACUUCAAUGUUGGUUUAGCACAGAACCCUGUUUUAGAUCCUUGGUUUGGUGCUCGUGAUUCAGCUGCUGAUUUAGUGAAAAUUGGAAUUACAAAGGAGGAUUAUCAAGAACAUGGAGGAGACAGAAUUAAACAUUAUAAAUUAGGCAACAAAUACUGGGCUCCUUUAACACCAGUAGCUCCAGAAUCUGCUCCUGGGUCUGCAGUCCCCAGCAAAGAGACCACACCGGCCCCUGAAUCUGCAGUGUUAAGUGAUGCAUCGCGUAUGGAAGUUACCUCAGAAACCGCUUAAAACAAUUACCAUGCAGCAAUACCAUUUGUCAACGAAGAAGACCAUUGCAUUAUAGAAGAGCAUUAUUAGAAGCAUGCUGUUUUCAAGUCCAGCACUGUAAAAGCAAAAGUGCAUUAAAGUCCUUUUUCAAACUUUCAUUUGUUUGAAUUCACGUUUCACAAAACGUAAUGCGUCACUUGAUUUUAUAGCUGAUGCUUUUAAUAAAUUAUUUUCACAUUAUCUCAUGUAAUGCUUCAAAUAGACAUAAGACACUUUGUAAGACUUAUUCAAAUAAAAUUUUUUUUACA